AUGGUUGAGUCACAGGGUCAGCAGCUCGAGAACAAUGCGCCGCCUCCACCCCCAAAUGGGGGCUAUGGUUGGGUUGUCACCGCCGCCAUCUGCAUCGUCAACGCCCACACAUGGGGCAUGAACUCGAGUUACGGCGUCUUCCUGGCUUAUUACAUCAAGAACAACACUUUCCCUGGGGCAACGACUCUACAGUAUGCUUUCGUGGGAUCUCUCAGCAUUAGCUGCGCCAUGGGCAUCUCUCCGUUUGCGACACUCGCCGUGAAGAAGUUUGGCACCAGACAAGUGAUGCUGCUUGGCGUCUGCGUGGAAGCGGCCAGUUGGAUCGCAGCAAGCUUCGCCUACAAGAUAUGGCAUCUCUUCCUCGCGCAGGGUGUCUGCUUCGGCCUGGGCAUGGGAUGCCUCUUCACGGCCACGGUGGGCAUCAUUCCACAAUGGUUCACGACUCAUCGUUCCCUCGCCAAUGGCAUAGCCGCUGCCGGAUCAGGUCUGGGAGGCCUUGUGUACUCCUUCGCUGCCGGCGCCAUGAUCCAGAACUUGGGGCUUGCAUGGGCUUUCCGAAUCCUUGGCAUCAUCGCAUUCGUCGUCAACUUCAUCUGCAGUCUCCUGGUCAAGGAUCGCAACAAGAUUGUGGGAUCGACGCAUAUAGCCUUCAAGAGCACUCUUCUGGCGAGGCCCGAAUUUCUGCUGUUUAUCUUGUUCGGCUGGUUUAGCAUCUUGGGUUAUUCCGUGGUGAUUUUCAGUCUUGCCAACUAUGCCAACGAAAUCGGCCUUGAAUCGUCCCAAGCAGCCCUCAUCAACGCAUUCUUUAACCUGGGCCAGAGCAUUGGCCGGCCGAUUAUGGGAUACUCUAGUGAUCGAACUGGGCGAAUGAACAUGGCUGCCGUCUGCAGCUUCUUGGCCGGCAUCUUUUCGCUGGUAGUCUGGGUCAAUGCCAAAGUAUAUGGCGUAUUGAUCUUCUAUGCUAUCAUCUGCGGAACUGUUGCCGGCACAUUCUGGACGGUUGUCGGACCUGUUGCGGCCGAGAUUGUCGGGCUACAAGAUGUGCCCUCGGCGCUCAAUCUUCUGUGGCUGAUGAUUCUGCCCCCUUGCACCUUCAGCGAGCCCAUUGCUCUGCAGAUUGUGACUGGAACGGGGAGCUAUCUCGGCACCCAGCUAUGGACGGGGCUGAUGUUCAUUGCUGCUACAGUCUGCAUGGUUAUACUUCGUGGAUGGAAGAUUGGCGAAAUCGAGGAGCUUGCGAGGGCGAACAACGAACGGCCGGAAGAGCUUGAUCCUUACAAGACGAACAACGGGGAGGAACUGGUUGAGCAAGGCAGAAAGGCUGGUCGACGACGAAUGUUGGUUGACUUUUACAGGAAAAGGGUGGUCUGA